CGGCGAGCGGCGCGGCGGAUGGAGAGUCUGGCCGCGGCCGGCGGCGCCGCCUCCUCGUCGGGCCGGGCACGGCGGGCCGGGGCCUUUGUGUGAGGCGGCGGCGGCGAUGGUGCUGGGGCCCCGCGGAGCCGGAUUAACCGUGCUGAUAAGGAGGCAACUUCACAGGAGCUGCUAAGAUGGGCAUGAGGAUCAAACUACAAAGCACCAACCACCCCAACAACCUGCUGAAGGAACUCAACAAGUGCCGGCUCUCGGAGACCAUGUGCGAUGUCACCAUCGUGGUGGGGAGCCGCUCCUUCCCGGCCCACAAAGCUGUGCUGGCCUGCGCGGCUGGCUACUUCCAGAACCUCUUCCUGAAUACGGGGCUCGAUGCCGCCAGGACCUAUGUGGUGGACUUUAUCACUCCUGCCAACUUCGAGAAGAUUCUGAGCUUUGUCUACACAUCUGAGCUCUUCACAGACCUGAUCAAUGUUGGGGUGAUCUACGAGGUCGCUGAGCGUCUGGGCAUGGAAGACCUCCUCCGGGCCUGUCACUCCACCUUCCCUGACCUGGAGAGCACCGCCGUGGCCAAGUCCCUGACCAACACCAGUGAGAGCCACUCGGGCACCCUGAGUUGUAGCUCAGCAGAACCUGCCCAUCCCCUUGGAGAACUCCGGGGUGGCGGGGAGCACUUUGGUCCUGAUAGAAACUAUGUUUUACCUAGUGAUGCUGGAGGAAGCUAUAAAGAUGAAGAGAGAAAUGUUACCAGUGACUCUAACCAUAGCCUGCCCCUGCCACAGCAGCCACUGCCGCCAAAGACAGAGGACCAUGAUAAUCCUGCUCCUUUCACAUCUGUACCUAAUGUGGUGACCCAGCCAGCCCUAGGCACUGCCAGCAUGGGCAUCCAAACCAGCACAAGCUCCUGCCAGCCAUACAAGCUUCAGAGCAAUGGAGACUUCAGUAAAAACAGCUUCUUCCCCCCGGACAAUGCGAUAGACAUCACCACUGGGACCAACUCCUGUCUGAGCAAUAGCGACCACUCCAAAGACCCAGGCUUUGAGCAGAUGGAUGACCUCCAGCUGGAGGACCUGGGGGAUGACGACUUGCAGUUUGAAGACCCCACCGAGGAGAUCGGCACAGCUGAGGAGGUGAUUGAGUUGAGUGAUGACAGUGAGGAUGAGCUGACUUUUGGAGACAAUGACAACCGAGAGAAUAAGGCCAUGCCCUGCCAGGUGUGCAAGAAAGUUCUAGAGCCCAACAUUCAACUGAUCCGACAGCAUGCUCGGGACCACGUGGACCUGCUGACAGGCAACUGCAAGGUGUGCGAGACCCACUUCCAGGACCGAAACUCCCGGGUGACCCAUGUCCUGUCUCACAUCGGUAUUUUCCUCUUCUCCUGCGACAUGUGUGAAACUAAGUUCUUUACCCAGUGGCAGCUGACGCUCCACCGACGGGAUGGAAUAUUUGAGAACAACAUCAUUGUCCACCCCAAUGAUCCCCUGCCGGGGAAGCUGGGCUUGUUUUCAGGGGCAGCCUCCGCAGAAUUGAAAUGUGCUGCCUGCGGGAAGGCUCUGGCCAAAGAUUUCCACGUGGUCCGGGGCCACAUCCUAGACCAUCUGACCUUGAAGGGCCAGGCCUGCAGCGUCUGUGACCAGCGCCACCUCAACCUCUGCAGCCUCAUGUGGCACAUGCUCUCCCAUCUCGGCAUUUCGGUCUUCUCCUGCUCUGUCUGUGCGAACAGCUUUGUGGACUGGCAUCUCCUAGAGAAGCACAUGGCUGUGCACCAAAGCCUGGAAGACACCCUCUUCCGCUGCCACCUGUGUAGCCAGAGCUUCAAGUCGGAGGCUGCCUAUCGCUACCAUGUCAGCCAGCACAAAUGCAGCAGCGGCCUUGACCCCCGGCCUGGCUUUGGGCUGCAGCACCCAGCUCUCCCGAAGAGGAAGCUGCCGGCAGAGGAGUUCCUGAGCGAGGAGCUGGCUUUACAGGGCCAACCUGGGAACAGCAAGUAUAGCUGCAAGGUCUGUGGCAAAAGAUUUGCCCACACAAGUGAGUUUAACUACCACCGGCGGAUCCACACGGGCGAGAAGCCGUACCAGUGUAAGGUGUGCCACAAGUUCUUCCGAGGCCGCUCGACCAUCAAGUGCCACCUGAAGACGCACUCAGGGGCCCUCAUGUACCGCUGCACAGUCUGUGGCCACUACAGCUCCACCCUGAACCUCAUGAGCAAGCACGUGGGUGUGCACAAAGGCAGCCUCCCGCCCGACUUCACCAUUGAGCAGACCUUCAUGUACAUUAUCCAUUCCAAAGAGGCAGAAAAGAGCCCGGACAGCUGACUGGGUCCCACCGGAGCCAAGGGGAGCUCCCAGGUGGCAGCCAGGACAUUGACUUUCUAGAGGCUGUUCAUCCCACCCUAGCCGAAGUUACAGUUUUGCCUUGCUGGGAAUUCUGUUCUGUCUUGCGUUUAAAGAAGAAAAAAAAGAAUAGCACAUGAGCUGUUACUGUUUUAGAGAAGCAGCAGCCCUAUCAUGUUUACCUCCUGACCUGUUCUUGCCCCUGAAGGGCUGUGUUUUUUAUUCUUUUGAGGCUGGUCUUGGGAUCUCGUCAGGCAGUUAGUGUCAACUAGAUCCCCUUCCCCAGCCUCUCGAGUUUUAUGCUGCUAAGAACCCAACCAACAGCUUCACUGAAGAGAGGAGGUGGAGAGAGUUUUCACUGUGGGUAUAAUGCCAGACCUCCAUCGGGGACCACCAACUGUGAGAGAGUUUGGCAGUGUGGUCAUUUAGAAAAGACUAGUCAGCAAGCAGCUCACCUCAGGUUCCCCUCCCGGCCCUCAGCAGGGAAAAGGCAACAGGGAUAGAGGUGCCUGUUGUUCCAUGCCUCUAAUCUGCUGACUGGACAGUAAAAUCUUUUGGAAGCUAGAUCCAAACUGAGGACUAAAGCUUUCUAUUUAGAUCAGAAAGCUUUGGGAUGAAUCCUGGCCAGGGCCACCAGAAAAGGUCCUGCAGGGCCACCAGAAGUGGCAGCCUGGAUGGGCAGGAAGGGAGGUUUCUCUUUUCUCCUCAAUUCCAAAGAAACAUGAUUUCAUGGAGUGAUGGCCCAGGACAUCAGGCCUUCCCUGUGGGGCAAAGAGGACAGGGAGCCAUUUGAUAGAGUCAGUCAGGUGCCAUCUGGCCGCCUCCAUCAGCCGUGAAUUUUCUGUUGGAGAAGUGGGGUUGUCUCUGACAGCAGCAGCAUUGCCUUAAUUUAUAUCCUGUCUCUCGCCUAGAAGUGUGUUUGACCCGUAGUGUAGAUGAGAAGACCCCAUGAGGUGGAGUGAUGGACUGGAAGCCCUUUAGGAUUAAAGGGACCGAUGGCUGGUGGUGUGUAGCGGGAUGCCUCUCUGUCCCGGUUGGGUAACCUGUUUUGUGCAACUGGGCAGGAGCUCUGGCAGCUGACUUGACCUGCUGGAAUUUAUCCUGAUCUGUCUUUGUGUUGCCGCCAGUGGGCGCUAUUGGCUGACAGCUCGGCCAGGCCCGCCCUCGGUGACUGGGAAACCUUUCUGCCCAGCCCUGGGGGCUUUGUUGUUAGUUGGCUUUUGAGGGGGCCCUGCCCAAAGAAGGCUUGAAUGCGAGGGCCCUUGAUCUCACGUACUCAUUGGCUCACCUCAGUACACACUACCUCACCUGCUCAGGCCAGCGCUGGGAGUCCCUGAGCGAGGCCCUGACACUGCUCCUGGUGGGACUCAGCAGCACCCCGGGCUGUUUCACAAGCUAGUGGUUUUAAUGAACUCACAAAGCCUUUUUGGACGUUAAUAUUUAUUUAUUUUUAUGUUUGUAUGCAUAUUACCCAGCAUCUCUUUUGGAAAAGAGACUUCAGGAAAAUGAGUUUCUCCCCAGCAAGGAGCCAUGUCCAGGGGAGAAUCCUGGCCAGAAGUUUGGGAAAUAGGCUAGAACUGGGGGAGAACGUUUCAAGCCUUUAAGCAGGGCAAAUUCUUUUUGUUCUCCCCAGAUAGGCUCUUACAGAAUAUACCCAGGGAACCCUUUAGGCAAUUGAUGUAAGUCCUAGAAAGUUGGGGCUUGUUAAAUUCCUAGCCCUUUUCUCCUCCUCCUCCUCCUCCUUCCAUCCUGUAAUGGAGUAGAUUGGGGACCAGGCUGCGGGGACCAAGUCACAUGAAGGACCUUUUUGCACAUUUUCUCAUCCCUCCUGAACUCGGAAAGCUGUAUUGAGACAUAGAGGCAAACCAGAGCUUCAUCUUUGGUGCACCUGCUGCCUCUCUCCCCAGCCCUGAACUUACACAGCCUCCGACUUGGAGUGCAUGGCUCUCUGCUGGGGUGACCACUACAUGAAGGGACUUGUACACAUGGCCACUUUUCACAUCUAACCCAACUUGUGAAUCCUCCCAGGGGACAUUCUUGUCAGGAAAGCAGUGCUGAGACUCUUCAUCUCUGACUAGCUUCUCCUUUCCCCACACUGACCUAUAGAAAUUUAAGGAGGAAUGUGUGUGAAAGACUACCGUCGAGUGUUUGCUAAGCUUUUCAAGCCUGAGCGAUCCCUCCCAGACUGUUGGUGAGGACUGGUUUCUGAAUGGCCAGGUUUGAGGGAGCUGGUACUGGAACCCAGCGAGUAUGCUGGGCAAACCCUUUUCCUUAACAGAGGGCAUCAUGGAUGCUGGGUAGUCUGUAUACUUAACCUGAAACUGUGAAGUAUUCCCUUUUUGCCAGUAAACCAAAAAGCAAAUCCUUGAAACUUUGCCCCUGAAACACUAAACAAAAAACUGCACCCCCUGAUCCUCCCGAGACCAAGUGGCUGGUCAGGGCAACCCCGUUGGUUGCAGUCAGACAUGUAGCAGGGUCAGUAGCUCAUGAGGCUCAAUGACCAAACCCUGUUUCUCCACAUGUCCCCUGUGUUCACACCCAACCCUCCCUCUGUUCAGUCAUGUUUGCUGCCCCUGCCUCUAGCUCACCCUUUUCUGAACUGUUGUACUUGAAACACUAUAGUGUGGCAGAGGGCACUCUAGGAUACCGAGUGGAAGGUAUUGAUUUUAUUUUGAGUUUUUUAUUUUUUCAAUCUUUGAUUUGGUCACGCCCUCUGCCCUGGAACUCAGUUUAGCACUGUCUCCUGCUGUAUCGUUCUGAGGUUCAGUUUGACCCUUGAAUGUCUUUUCUUCUCCCCUUUCCUCCUUUUUCUUGUUCUGUACUCCAGACUGGCUACAUAAUUGGCAAAGCCCUUUAUUUAAAAAUUAUGUUUAAGAAUUUCAAGAUGGCAAUUGUGGAGCAUGAAACCAAGCGUGAGGCUGUUCUCAGCCUGUUUCCGAGGGGAGGAGGGUGACACUUGGAUGGCACGCUGGCAUCAAGAGCAGAGGCUGCCGUGGCCAGAGGAGGGGACCAUUAUCCCGCUCUCCUGGGCCCGCUGCCCCACUGGCAAGCUCCGCUGUACCCUCACAUUGGGUCCUAAAUUUUAAGACUCCAUGGAGUAUAUAGCUCAUGGCUCAUUGGGAAGAAAGGGGGUGGGGGUGGGGCUCUGGCCCAGGUGACCUCUAAGGACCAGAAAAUGGGUAAAAGUUCUUUUUGACUUCUCUUCUGACCUGUCAGCCCUCUUUGUCUCCAGGACCAGCCUUUGGGCUUCAAUACCUUCUCCCAGUGAGGUUUUGCUACUGAUGAUUUUUCUUCCUCUUCUGGCCUCCUGCUGUGCCCUGUUUUCCCAGACUACUCUGUGUGGAAAUGAGUUUAAAUCCCACUAUAGAUGGACACUGAGUCUAUUGCCAUGGGAGUAGGCUGUGUGGAGAAGUCUGUGCCCAUAUGGGAGUCGCUACGCCUCCUUUUUCCUAACCCUGCACUGGCUGAGUCAGGAAGUAGGACACACAGCAUUCAUUUCAGUGUGGUUAUCAUCGUAAAGCUGACAUCAGGAUGAAAAUGGAAUUGUUUGGAUUUCAAUAUUUCUUUAACACCCUUCCUUUGUCCAGUCCACCCUCCCCUCCCUCUUCUACUAGCUAAAGUCUCUUACGAAAUGGAGAACAGUUGAUGUGUAACUUCUUCCAUUAAAUUAAUAAGUACUGACCUCCUAAUAUUUAAGUGUUUACUAUCUAUUGCUGUAAAGUUUUGUAUAUUUUGUAAACUUUUUUUCCCAAAUAGUAGAUGUCUAAAAUCGUUGUACAUCUGAUUCUUUUAUAUUCCAUUGUUCGGCACAAAGUGUGGUUUUUAUUUAGAAUAAAAAAAAAAGGAAAUUG